CUGUAAAACGCAUAAUUGAAUUGAAUUUGAAUUGAAUUCAUGGACGCGUUUUAGGUUAGAAUAGAAUAACAAAAUAAUUUGGAAAAAUAUUUUUAUUACAAGAAAGACGUUCAUAAUAUAUUAUUAAUAUGCAUCGCUAUAUAACAAACCAUAAUUCCAAACUUCUGCUAUCUAGCACGUUAACCGAAUUUCGAGCCUUCUUUUCUACAUCUAGGAAUAUGUUAUUUGCGGACGUUUUCGAGUUUGAGAACAAAUUUAAAGUCGAUAAUGUAUUCCAUGGAAGGCCGUUGUACUUAGACGCCCAGGCUACAACUCCUUUAGAUCCAAGAGUAUUAGAUGCAAUGCUCCCUUACCUUACAUCAUAUUAUGGAAACCCUCACUCUCGUACCCAUGCCUAUGGUUGGGAAUCAGAAGCUGCAGUAGAAACAGCUAGAGAGCAAGUAGCAAACAUUAUAGGUGCAGAUCCAAAAGAGAUUAUUUUCACAUCUGGAGCUACAGAAUCAAAUAAUGUUGCCAUAAAAGGAGUUGCCAGGUUUUACAGUUCCAAAAAAAAGCACCUAAUAACAACUCAAACAGAGCAUAAAUGUGUUCUAGACUCAUGCAGAGCCUUGGAAAUGGAAGGCUUUAAAGUCACAUACUUGCCAGUUCAAAGCAAUGGAAUAAUAUGCCUUGAAGAUUUGGAAAAGGCUAUCACUUCAGACACUUCGUUAGUUUCCAUAAUGACUGUCAAUAAUGAAAUUGGUGUCAAACAACCAAUUGCAGACAUUGGUAACAUCUGUAGGGAGAAGAAGGUAUUUUUCCACACCGAUGCUGCUCAAGCGGUGGGCAAAAUACCUUUAGAUGUCCAGUCUAUGAAGAUUGAUCUAAUGUCUAUAAGCGGUCACAAGAUUUACGGACCAAAAGGUAUCGGGGCGGUAUAUGUAAGAAGAAGGCCUAGAGUUCGAAUAGAGGCAAUUCAAAGUGGAGGUGGUCAAGAAAGGGGUAUAAGAAGUGGUACAGUGCCCACGCCUUUGGUAGUAGGUAUGGGACAAGCUUGCGAGAUUAGCCAGCGAGAAAUGAAUUACGAUCAUGCUUGGAUAGAAAAGCUAAGCCAGAGAUUGCUGAAAAAAAUUUUUGACGAGUUGCCUCAUGUCAUAAGAAAUGGUGAUCCUAUCCAGAGCUACCCGGGAUGCAUUAAUCUAUCGUUUGCUUAUGUUGAAGGCGAAUCGUUAUUAAUGGCACUUAAAGAUGUCGCCUUGUCCAGCGGAUCGGCUUGCACGUCAGCAUCGCUGGAACCAUCUUAUGUGUUGCGAGCGAUUGGUGCCGAUGAAGAUUUGGCUCAUAGUUCAAUCAGAUUUGGAAUAGGCCGUUUUACGACAACGGAUGAAAUAGAUUAUACCGCGGACCGGUGUAUCGAGCAUGUCAAAAGGCUAAGAGAAAUGAGUCCGCUUUGGGAAAUGGUUCAAGAGGGCGUAGAUUUGAAAGCGAUAAAGUGGUCCCAACAUUAAAGCGUCUGUGAUUAUUAUUCGGAGAUCUGUAAAUAAAUGGUUUUUCCAGUUAUUGUUAAUUUUGUUUUUUUUUUGUGUUAAUGCAUAGAAAUCAAUAAAACAUCAAAAACGAUUUCAUUUUGAUU